GCCUAACGCCAGCGACAUAUAUAUUGAUUUCCUGAGCAGGAAAUUCCGAUUCGACAGGGGGUGUGAUCGAGAGUGUUGGUGGGACAGAGCAAAAUUGGCCAACGCAAAUCAAACAAAUCAACGAAAAUGAACAUGUUUUCCGGAUUAACGAAUCAAGUGACCUCGUGGAUUGGAGCGGCUAAGGGCGAACCGCAGGACGAGGAAGUCCCGACACCCCCGAACUCGGCUGCAACCACUGCGACAGCGACUACUUCCGGUGCUACCGCAGCGCCGACUGCAGCUCCAGCAGAUGCAACUGCCGCUGCAGCGGGUGGUGAUGGUGGUGACAAAAGCCCAACCAAAGGAGGUGUUUUCUCUGGUGUGUCGUCGAAGGUGACGGGAUGGCUCGGUAAUGCCUCGAUCCCUUCGAUGCCAGCGAUCCCGACGGUCUCGAUGCCCGCCAUGCCAGCGAUGCCUUCGAUGCCAUCGAUUCCAGGGCUGCGGAAGGCGAACCAGACAGACGAAAACGGUGGCAUCACGAACGAGGGUCUGGUUACGUCGCCCGAGAAGGCUAGUCAAGGUAUUGCCGGCUCGACGGAUGCUGCCGAUGAGGAGGACCGGUCAAGGUAUAUUAGCAGGCCGCAGGAAAGUGCUACGGGAGGAGCCGAUUCACGCCCUGCAACCGGCCCGGGAACACCAACUGAAGAAAAUGCUGGACAAAUUGGACAAGUUACACAUAAGGUUACUGCUGGCGCUAAAUCGAUUGGCUCGUUCCUGUACUCAUCAUUCAAUAAAGCUGGUGAUAAGAUCAAACAUCUAAAAGAUAACAGUAUUCUGGGAGAGUUUAGCAAGGAGCAGGAAGCAUUCAUCAAAAAUCAACAAGGAGGCGGCUCUGCCGGCGCUUGUCCAUGGACGGGUCAUGCUAACGAGGCGAAGAUCAAGGAGGAAAUUCUUAGCCUGUCUGCUGAUCGCCGAAAUUUCGUUCGAGCACCGCCGGCUGGGGUUGAGUUUGAUUUUGACUACGAUUCGUCUUACCCAGUCGCUUUGGCCAUUAUGAAUGAUGACAAAGAAUUGGAAAAGAUGCGAUUUGAACUGGUUCCCAAAAUCAUCACGGAGGAAAACUUUUGGCGCAACUACUUCUAUCGCGUGUCCCUGAUAUGCCAAGCGGCCGAUUUGGGCACAUUGGGCGAUAAUAACGAGUUUGUCAAACGAGGCGCUAGUGAAGACACAGAGGAUACCGAACGAACAUCGUCUGUUGGGUCAAUGCUUAACCAAAGCGGCGACAUAAGCUCACCGGCAACAAGCCCAGAAGAGCAAACGUCAGCUUCACCCUUGAGUCCCGAGCAAUCACCGCCGGCACAAACGAACACUAGUGAUUUGCAAUCCGGCGUGACCAAUGCUGCUGCUAGCAAACCUACACACCGUGAGUUCAUUUCCGACAGCUUUCAUACGAACGAACAAGACCUGGAGGAGGUAAAAGCCGGUAUGAAAAAGCUCGGAAUCGAUAGUCUUGCCCAACAGGCAAACGAAUCAAUCGGGCUUGAGCACGAGAAAAGUGAGGAACAAUGGGAGAAAGAUCUGGAGGCGGAGCUGCAGGACUACGAGCUGGUGAACGAUGGUAGCAACGAGCGCAACAGCAACUGGGAAAAGGACGUGGAUGAGCUGCUGGAAGACGAGGCGGAUCUGAAAUAAAACGAAUGUUUCAAUCAAUUACUUUGUAAUAUGAUCAACUGCAGCGUCACGAAGUAAAAAAAAAAGAAAAAGAAACGCGAAGCGACACACCGUUCGGACCGCUUAGCUACCUAUAGCAACCACCACACGCGACGGGCUUAAGCGGGUCGAGUGCAGGAGUCGCGGGGCAAGUUUGAAGCAGGAAUUUUGCUAUAAUCGGUUUUGUUACACGGUAGAACAUGUUACAUUUACCACCACCGCACUCGUUAAGCAACGUAAUUAUUAAGCCAUUAAACACAACGCGCUCGCGCUGUGUGCGUAAGUGUCUCGUGUAUCGUGUGUAUUGGGUUUAAGCGCACUGUGAUGAUGGUUUUGAAUCGAUUUCAACCGAAAAUGAUCCUGUGUUUUGCUCUGCACCCUCAGAGGGAGAGAGAGCGAGUGUGUCUGGUUUUCGAUGGUUUUCUCCAUUCUCCUGUAGGCGUCCUUCUGUGUGAUCUAUUUUUGGGGGGAGUGGUACGUGGCCAUCCUUCCUGUCUCCUUCCGAUAUGCGUAUGAUUGCGUAUUGAAUUUAAUGCACUCAAUUCCCCACCUGUUUCCUCUAGUGUAUCAUCAUUCACACACACACAAACACUGAGGUAUAAUUUAUCCAACAUACUUUGCAGCGCGAUUGUUUUGGUGUGAGAAAAACUAUUUUGGGACAAACGCUGCUUGGUGCUCGACAAGGGAGCACCACACAUCAUCUUACAAAGCAAUUGAUGUUGUUUGGAUUGGAAUGUGGGAUUGUGCCGCUUACUACAAGCAGCACUUUUCGCACACUCUCACUUACCGAUACAUUUGAAAUAAAUGAGUCCCCCCCGAGUCAGUACCAAACCUUGGGGGGCAUAUAUUGAACAUUAACGAAGGACAAAGGAUUAGAGUGCAAUAGAUGAUAUCGAUGGAGAGUUUGGACUCCGCACACUGCUUUAAAAUAGACCCACCAAGAUAGAAAACCAGGCUGGCGCUGUUUGCAUUGCUAGGUGUUUAUAGCGAGUGAAGCUUACACAAAACAUGCACUGAACGCCAAUAGGGACAUUUGUAUGAAUGAUGUAAAAAAAAGAAGGAGAUGGAAUUGUUUCCAAAUUCUAGACCCCUUCUGUUACGAGCAAAUAGUGCAGUCGAAGAAAAUGUGCAUCUAAGAAGGAUGUUUUUGAUUAGCCUUAAGUUGGUUUAGAAUGUAUACGAUAAAAUGUGUUUUGUGUCCCAUUUGUUUUUGUCACAUUUCUUGUGUUUGAAUUGAGUUGGAUUUGUUUUUAAUGUUAAAUUUUUAUUUUAUUUUGUUGUUCCUUCCUUUUGCUUGUAAAAUCACUUCCAAAUCGUCAACUGCAUUUUCGCCCUACAUCUAUCCAGGUGCGCGGGUACCGGGAAAGUAAUUUUAUACCAAAAUGUAGAUGUCAUUGCAAGGGCUUUCACCGUAAAACGAUAGCACCAUCGAUAGCACGUCCAUUCCGAGCAUAUUUCAGCAGUUUUCAGCAGCGCUGCUACCCAAUACCCAAUACAACACAAUCUUAACCAAUCAACCUUAACCAAGAUAACGUGUGUAGUUAGUGUGCAACGGGGAAGGGGGCAAAUUGUUAAACUUCUCAAUAUUCUAUCACAAAAUUCAAUUUAUAUCCUCCGCAACCUUAAGCUAAACUCACAACCCAAUACAAAUAGACGGACACAAGUCAGAACAGAAGAUAUUACGAGUUUCGAAGGGCGGCAUAUUCUAUCAGGGAAUGAGUUGACUUGGCAUUAAGAGCAGGCGAUAGUUUAAAUUGGUAGCGACUAAAUAAAUAUAUAUCCAUAUACA